AUGCUCGCUCGAAAGGGGGUGAUCCAUGACGAAUACUUGAUAACUCGACUUGCAGAAGAUAAAGCUAAUCAACCUCAAUACACGAGCAAACUCAGAAAAGCACGGUUUGUAUCCAAAAAUGGUGCCUGCAAUGUGGCCCAUAAGAAUAUUCGAGAGCAAGGACGUUUCCUCCAGGAUGUGUUCACCACCAUGGUGGACCUGAAAUGGCAGCAUAGCUUAUUUAUCUUCACAAUGACAUUCAUCUGCAGCUGGAUGCUGUUUGCUAUGGCCUGGUGGCUUAUUGCUUUCGCCCAUGGUGAUCUUGAUCCCAAACGUAGCAACUCUACACCAUGUGUCACUAACAUCCAGUCUUUCACCUCUGCCUUCCUUUUCUCUAUUGAAGUCCAGGUGACCAUUGGCUUUGGAGGGCGUAUGGUUACAGAGCAGUGCCCCCUAGCAAUAACGGUCCUCAUCAUCCAGAACAUAUCUGGAUUAAUCAUCAAUGCUGUCAUGCUGGGGUGCAUCUUCAUGAAGACUGCUCAAGCAAACCGUAGAGCGGAGACUCUAAUCUUCAGUAAGCAUGCUGUCAUAGCCUGCCGGGAUGGCAAAUAUCGCUUUAUGUUCCGAGUGGGUGACCUACGCAAAAGUAUGAUUAUCAGUGCUACAAUAACAAUCCAAGUAGUCAAAAAGGCUACAACAGAUGAGGGAGAGGUCGUUCCAAUUUCCCAGGUAGACAUCCAGGUGGAGAACCCAGUGGGGACAAAUUCUAUUUUCUUAGUGUCACCUCUUAUUAUAAGCCAUACAAUUGAUGAGAAAAGCCCACUUUUUCAUUAUUCUGCCUAUAACCUCGGCGACCAAGAUCUUGAGGUGGUGGUAAUCCUUGAAGGGGUGGUAGAGACCACUGGGAUAACUACUCAGGCAAGGACAUCUUACUUGCCUGAUGAAAUCCUCUGGGGCCAUCGCUUUGUCCCAAUUGUAACAGAAGAAGAAGGUCGGUAUUCUGUGGACUACUCCAAAUUUGGAAACACAGUUAAAGUACAUGGACCUCUAUGCAGCGCUAAAGACCUGAAGGAAGGCAGGUAUAAUCCACUUACUAGUGGUCACUCUUCUAGAACAGUGAAGAAAAGGAAAGGUGACAGCCAGCAAGCUUCACUGCUAGAAAAUAAAAUGGCAGCAUAUAGACAAUCCCAUGGUUCUUCAUCUGAUUUCUAG